AUGUCAAGUUUUGAGGAUGCUGACACGGAAGAGACGGUAACUUGUCUCCAGAUGACUCUUUACCAUCCUGGACAGUUUCAAAGUGGAGUAUUUCGAUCAAUAAACUUUUCUAACCGAGAGAAACUCCCCUCCAGUGAGGUGGUGAAAUUUGGCCGAAAUUCCAACAUCUGUCAUUAUACCUUUCAAGACAAACAGGUUUCCCGAGUACAGUUUUCUCUGCAGCUGUUUAGAGAUUUCAAUAGCUCAGUUCUCUCUUUUGAAAUUAAAAAUAUGAGUAAGAAGACCAGUCUGAUUGUGGACAACAAGGAGCUGGGCUACCUCAAUAAAAUGACUCUGCCAAAUAAGUGCAUGGUCCGAUUCAGCGACUAUCAGUUCCUCAUAGAAAAGGAAGAAGGAGAGUCACUGGAAUGUUUCGAGAUGCAAUUUAUUUUUUCUCCAAGGUCACUCUCACAAGAAAACAUCUGGGAACCGAAGAAACCUAUACCUGAGAAUGGCAACUAUUCAUCUCACUCCAUCCACGGCCCUUAUCCAAUAGAAAUAGAUGAAAAUGAAUCAUGA